ACAAACAAAACUUACGGGGCGGCCACGCCUUCGUCUUCUUCCUUCUACUCCUCACGGUUCUCUCCCUCUCUUCUCUGUCUUUAUCAGCUUCUCAAGUUACUUGUUUCAGUUUCCGAUGCUCGUUUCUUAGUUUUUUUUUCUUCGUUUCUCUUUCAUCAGCAGGCCUUUGGAGAUUGUGUUCUCAUCCUCGUCCGUCGUCAUUACUUACUGGUGUUUUAGGGUUUCAAUAAAAAAAGCUUCUUAAUCCGUCGAAAUGACACUUUUCUCUCCCUCAUUGUCGGUUACUCUCUUUUCCCCCUUCGCAAGUUUUAUGCUUUUCUAGUUUCCAUUGAUGCUCUAGCCUCUAGUUCAAAUUUCAGUUUUUGAUUUCUUCGCUUAGAAAUUUUAAUGUAUGAAAUCUGACUUUUUUUUUAUUUUUUUAAUUGAUGAUCGUUUUCGAUUAAGAGAAAAAAAAAACAAAUCAGUGGCUGGUUAACUUUGAUUUACUCAUGAUUGGUUCUAUUUUGCAGUAAUUGAGUUUUCAUUGUAAUUUUGGUCACUGUUGCUUGUUCUUCUACUUCCUUACGAUACUCUCUCUCUCUCUCUCUCUCUCUCUCUCUCUCUCUGUGCCUUGUGCGUAUCGCUUACUUAAGAUUCUUCACACGUCUCUUAUUUCUCUGACUUUUCUCUUGUAUUGCGUAUAUAUUGCUAUUUGCGAUGAUAUAUUUAGUUUCACAUUGUUUUGGCUACCACUAUAUGCUUGUAAGAAUAGUUUAGCUCCUUUUAUAAAUUAUAUUUGCUGUGGAUCCAAAUUUUGACUUGUGUGAUUGAUUCUUGCUUAAAUAGUUUUUGUUUUUGUUUCAUUUAUGCUAUGUCCUGACUGGUGCAACGGUGUUUGCUGGUUCAAACACACAGAUAAAUGGCUUCAAAGAUUAUUUCUGGCAAGCCGGAUGAUUCUGAGUAUGAAAUCAUUGAAGGUGCGUGUGAGAGCGCUUUAGCAGCCGGGACAAGCCCAUGGGUGGAUUCUUCAACGUUGAAGCUUCGGCAUCGGAUUGGUAGAGGUCCUUUCGGUGAUGUUUGGCUGGCUACUCAUCAUCAGUCAACUGACGACUACGAUGAGCAUCAUGAAGUCGCCGUCAAAAUGCUUCAUCCUAUCAAGGAGUAUCAAAAAAGGGUUGUGGUAGAGUUUGAUGAUCUCUUCUCCAAGUGUCAAGGAAUGGAGAAUGUCUGUCUGCUCCGAGGAGUCUCUACUAUCAGUGGAAAGAUAUGCAUCAUCAUGAAAUUCUAUGAAGGCUCUGUUGGUGACAAGAUGGCUCGGCGUAAAGGAGGAAAGCUUUUACUGCCUGAUAUAUUGAGAUACGGGGUUGAUCUGGCUACAGGGAUUCUGGAGUUGCACUCAAAAGGGUUUCUGAUUCUCAAUCUUAAGCCGUCUAACUUUCUUCUUAGUGAUAACGACAAGGCCAUCCUCGGGGAUGUUGGGAUCCCUUAUCUCCUUCUUAGUAUCUCUUUGCCAAGUCCUGAUAUGGCUGUGAGACUUGGAACUCCAAACUAUAUGGCUCCAGAACAGUGGCAACCAGAAGUAAGAGGUCCCAUGUCCUUUGAGACUGAUUCUUGGGGAUUUGGAUGCAGCAUUGUAGAAAUGCUGACUAGUGUACAACCUUGGUCUGGGAGAUCCGCCGAUGAAAUAUUUGAUUUAGUGGUGAGAAAGCAAGAAAAGCUUAAUAUCCCCAAUGGCAUACCGCCUCCUCUCGAGAACCUACUUCGGGGUUGCUUUAUGUAUGAUCUUCGAAGCCGACCUUCAAUGACUGACAUCUUACACGUCUUGAAGAGCUUGCAGAACUCAGAGGAGGAAGAGAUCUGGAGAGGCAUUGAUAGUACAGAAAUCAGGAAGAGCUCGGCAACUCUUGGUUAUACAGAAUGGUUUCUUUCAAAGGAUCAUCUGCAAGUGGGCGACAAGGUGCGUUCAAGAAAGCCUGCCAGUUCAUUUAAGCAUGAGAACAUGGAUGUGCCAGGAGGAAUGGUGGUUGGUUUAGAACGUGACACCACAGACCCAGAUGGGUUUGCGCUAGUUAAAGUCCAUGGCGUUCAUGACCCGUUAAGGGUUCAUGUAUCUGUUCUUGAACGGGUAACCAACGGAUUAGCUUCUGGAGAUUGGGUGCGUCUGAAGCACGGAAAUAAGAGGCACUCUCCGGUUGGUGUUCUCCAUUCAAUUGACCGUGAGGGAAACGUAGCUGUUGGGUUUAUUGGGUUGCCAACUCUCUGGAAAGGGACUUCAUCGCAGCUUCAGAUGGCUAAUGCAUACCGUGUGGGUCAAUUUGUGAAGCUCAAAGCCAAUGUUGUUAUCCCGAGAUUUAAAUGGAUGCGUAAAAGUAUAGGGAUAUGGGCAACUGGCAGGAUCUCUCAGGUUUUACCUAACGGUUGCCUUGAGGUGGACUUCCCUGGAGUGUUACCUUUUAAAGAGGAACAUGGAAGUUGUCUUGCAGAUCCGGCUGAAGUCGAGAUUGUGAAUUUUAAUACAUGUGAGGGAGUCAUGAAAAAAUAUGAACAUCUGGAGGAUUUUCAUUGGGCUGUGAGACCUUUGCUGAUUGCUAUGGGUCUAUUGACAGCAAUGAAGUUAGGGUUCUUUGUUGGGAAGAAAAUAGGAAGGUCAAAGGAUGGGAAACAACGUGAUGGCUCGAGUGCACAAGGUGACUGUCAGAUUCGGGAUGGUCAGAAAUCUCGCAAAUCUAAAUGGCUUGUGUUUGUUUAGGCCAGUGAUUAGGUUUGUAGCAAACCUGGUCUGGUCUGGUCUGGUCUGGUCUAAAUAUCGCACUGUUCUAGUCCUGGAUACAUGGUUUUACAAUAGUACAUGUACAUAAUAACAUUCUUUUCGUCUUUCAACGUAGUAAAAGACUCUCUUAUUACA